GAUUAAGAAACAGCAAUAAAAUUUAAUAAAUAUUUAUCUUGUAAAAUUUCACGUUGUUGAUAUUAUUUUAAAAAAAAUGUUAGAGAUGUUGGAGAAAUGUGUCUAAUAACAUGAUUCUUCAGGGAUGAGGAAUAGAAAGGUGGGCUCGCACAACAUGAACGACCAUUCCAGUAGAAGUCACAGCAUCCUCACCGUCAGUAUCACAUCUGAGCAGCAGAUGGAUAACAGCGUAUUUAUAUCGAGGCAAGGGAAGAUUAACUUUGUCGAUCUGGCAGGAAGUGAAAUGACGAAGAAAACGCAGAGCGAAGGGAAAACACUGGAGGAAGCGAAUAAUAUCAAUAAAAGUCUCAUGGUUUUAGGUUACUGCAUAGCCUCUUUAAGUGAUGGAAAACGCAAGGGUGGCCACAUUCCGUAUCGAGAUAGCAAACUGACUAAGCUUCUGGCCGAUAGUUUAGCAGGAAAUGGUGUUACAUUAAUGAUCGCCUGUAUCUCGCCAGCUAAAUCAAAUGCGAGCGAAACGUUAAAUACUUUGAGAUACGCGGCGAGAGUGAAAAAGAUUCGAACGAAACCUAUCGUAGUAAUGGAUCCUCGAGACGCUUUAAUUCUCAGCUUAAAACGAGAAGUUGUAGCUCUUCAGACGGAAAACGAACAUCUACGAGCGGCUCUUCGUUUAAACGAAAAUGCUUCGAGCACAAGUCGUAGCGAAUCCAAAACUGAAAGAAGAGUACCAUUGACACCUCCAGUGGUAGAUUUGGAUAAACUAUCCGAAAUGGAACAACCCGAAUUAAGUCAACUUAUCCACGCAUACAUCACCGAGAAUGAAGCUCUCCGUCGAGAAAAUGCGGAAUUAUAUGCUACAAGGGAGCAAGUGAUACGGGAUCAGGAACUUGUCUGCAGAGAGAACGAGAGAUUAUUGAAGAAACUCGAGGAUGUUAACUCAGUGUGUUGUCGGUCGCCGAUCAUACCUGCCAGACCAACCUAUUCGGCGGAAAUACUGAACGAUAACGACGAUACACCUGGCGCGACUAACGUUUGGACCAACCCUAAUGUAGAACCUACGCCACUUUCGAGUGAUAUGAUCAGACGUGGAUUAUACAGAUCUGCGACUAGUAUGCCAGAGAAGAUCCAAAAGGAACUGGAUAGACGUAGGAUUAUGGGAAGUUAUAAUAACAUAGCAGAAGCGUACAAAGACAAGAGUCAUCAUCGCCGACACAAUUCAUGGGACAAUGGAAACGGGAUGACGAGAAUGAGUCCGGAUCAAACUAUAUCACCGAUAGACGUUAAUCAAUACAAAAAGGCGAGCAUACGUCGAACCUCAACAGUCCCUGAGGAACGAAGACCGUCGGAGACGAACGAUCCUCUGGGCGAACCGGUUCAACCGACCGAUCAUUCGUACAACGAAUCUCCAGACUCGAUUCUCAGCGGUCCUCUGGAGAUAGUAAACUCAACACCGGAUACAGCUGAGUCAGACGCGCCAACAGCGCCAUUUCCGGCGGUAUCGCACAUCUUGUCGCCGUUCGGUACUCCGGAAUCCGAAGACCACACGACGAGGACACCAAGGAAACCGAAAGAGAAAGAGGAUGAGACUACUCAAAGAGCUUUUGGAAGUCCGAUUCCUGACGACGAGGAUAAACCACUUUGAACACUCGAAUAAGCACGAUAGUCUGAUGUAUUUUCAUUGCGAUGACCCUUGUCUAGGUCAAAGGCAUUGGAUCGACUGUAAAGAUGAAAAACCGAAUUAGGAAGGAUGUACGUGCAAAUUAGUUAGAAAAAUGAUAGAGAGGAAGUUUUCGAAUAGAUGAUUAAAAAGGAUUAUUUUGAACGGAUGAUUAAAGUUUGAUAGCGAAAAUAUGCAUUGAUGCUAGGUUUGAAAAAGAGAGCAAGACGAGUUUUUUGAAAUGGUAACACACAGCAAUAUCGUAUUUUGAAAAUAACGAAAAACGUGUAGUACGCGUAGUAUUAUUUCUAUGUAUAAAAGUAUAUAAUAAUGUGUGAGCUUAAACAGCCUGAAUAUCUAAAGGUCAGUUCUUUUUUUCACGAGGGAGAAAAAAUGACUCAGGUUAUCGAUAUUGUUGAAUUCUACCUCUGAAUAGUAUAAAAUCUGUAAUGGCAAGGUCAUGGAUCAAAUUACAAACAAUAAAGUAUUUGUUUU